AUGUCCUACAUGUUCUUCGAACGCGCUCAACGAAAAGCGUGGCAGCAAAUUGACACUGCCAAGAAAUCUUCAUCGGAGAUCAUACCACCGGACUGGGGGACCUACGCCAAGACGAUCAUUUGUACCCAUGGAGGCAAGCACGGGUACCGCGGCAAAGGGAAGAGACCUCGACCAGAAGCACGGCCUAUGGGAUGCAUGACACAGAUUAACGUGUGUGUGCAAUUGGUAAGUGAGUCGCCUUCCAAGUUUGCGGUGUGUGUGACGAAGACUGCCCUCACGCACAACCACAAGUUGGGUCUACGAUCCUACAAACACUACCCGGCUAAUCGCAUGUCAGUGAAUGGCGAAGUGCCGGAAACAGUUGACUCGCUGCGGAAAGCUGGUGCCAAGAUGAAGAGUAUUCUGAAGUUCAUUGUUGAGAACUCAGACAGCAACCCCACUCCACAAGACGUGCAAAACCUGAUUCGCAACCUGAAAAAGCGUGAGCAAGGCGGGAUGACGCACUCAUAUCGUAUAAAAAAGUGGAUGUUGGCCUUUUGCGCGGUUCCUGGCAACUUGGGUCGUGUAUUUGUGGACUCGUCCAACGAAAAGAGAAUCGCAACUUGCAUUACGCUCCAAACGAAGCACAUGGUGGCUAUAUUCAACAGAUUCCCAGAGGUGUUGAUGGUUGAUGCCACGCACGGCACAAAUUACUCCAAGUAUACGAUUUCUUCGUUUAUGGCGCACGACGUUUUCGGGACAAUACGUUCAACACGCUGUCAUUCAGAACGAGCGCGGUGA